AUGGCGCGUAAUUCCGAAAAAGCGCACUCGAUGCUUUUCCGCUUCCGCGCUGCGCAGGCCGCGGAAGCUGGUAUCAUCGACAUAUCGCGUACCCGCCGCCCCAAGCUCAUCACCUCUGUCAACUCGAUUCCCGUUUGCGAGAAAUGGCGCGGUCAGGUGCUAAAGGAGAUUUCGCGCAAAGUCACAAAGAUCCAGGACGAGGCCCUUUCAGACUACCAGAUCCGCGACCUCAACGAUGAGAUCAACAAACUCAUGAGAGAGAAGCACAUGUGGGAAAGUCAGAUAAGAGGCUUGGGGGGACCGAACUACAUGAGAGGCGGGCGAGUGCUUGACGAAGAAGGGCGGGAGGUGCCAGGAGGAGGAAAGGGAUACAGAUACUUUGGACGAGCCAAGGACCUGCCGGGUGUCAAGGAGUUGUUCGAGAGGCAGAGCAGACCGGAAGACGACAUGGACAAGGGGCGCGAAAAGAGGAGUGAACUGAGGCAGAAGGUGGAUGCGGGCUACUACGGCUACAACCUAGACGAAGAGGACGGCACGCUGCUAGCAUAUGAAACGGCCAAAGAGCAGGAGGCCUGGGACAAUUUCAUGUUGCUCGGCGAUGAACUGGACGCAAAGCCGAGCAAAACACAGAAGGAGUGGAUGGAAUUACCCGGUGACGUGGGCGACGGCAUACGAUGGCGCAUCCCAACCCUUGACGAGGUCAACAACGAGCUAGUCGAGCGCAGGAGGAGGAAGCUUCUUGAGAAACUGGGUUGA